GAGACAGUCUAUCACAGCCUGUAAAUCAGACCUAAUCCUUAGAAAGUAUCAUUUGACUUCUGCUGCACAUGAUGGGCGUCACACUGUUGGGUGUUGUGCUGAUCUUCUUGUCUGUAGGGCUGAAUAUACAGACAGCAGAGAGCUGCCGCUGUUUCCCACAACACCCUCAACAUCAAUUCUGCACUUCUGAAAUGGUGAUUUUAGCUAACGUAACCGGAAACAGACUUCCUGUUAACGAUCAAAACAACUUAUUUCGGUAUAAAAUCAAACUGAUAAAGGUAUUGAAAGGUACUAACUAUGCAAAGCAAAUUCAAUACGUCUACACGGAUUCAUCCUCGUGUGGCAUCACACUGGAUCAGGGGCGAUACGUGCUUUCAGGACACCGGUUUAAAGAUGGAAUCGAGGUGGGGAUGUGUGACCUUGUCAAGCAAUGGGAUCUUCUCUCCUUAACGGAGCAUGAAAACUUCAAACAAACAUAUAAGAUGGGCUGUGACUGCACGAUCUCUACAUGUUCUGGCAGUCCUUGUUGUCCCCAAUCUAAGAACGAAUGUGUGUGGGAAACCAACUCUCCUGACUCUCUGGGGUACGCCUGUCUGAGGGACAGUGACGGCAUCUGUAGCUGGUACUGGCCAAGUUCAAAAGUUGAUGAAGAUACAAUGUGCAUCUAAAAGACCAGCAUUUUCUCAUUCUUAAAGAAGAUAUUUGGUUGAUGCUGAGAAUCUUUGUUCUUUCUAAUACUAAUUCAGCUUCAGAGUCCAUUUAUUAAUCAACUUAACACUGCUGUUUUAACUCUGAGAGAGGAAAGAUCCCAUUCUUCCCCCCAUCUGCAAAUUAAAAACCUUUUUAUGCAAAAUAAACAUGUUUCUAUUUGAUUGUAAUAUGAAAAGUAAGCAUGCUUUGUAAAAACAGAAUAUUUUUCAGUUGACUUCAAUAAAAAUGCAUAUUGAGCAACA